UUUUGAUUUUUGUACUGCUGAUGAUGCCGAAUCUCCUGUUGAAAACUUAGGUCAAGUUGUAUUUGGUGAAAGAAUUCGACCUUCACUGUAUAAUAUAAGCUUUUUAAAAGAUAUUCCUUGUGCGAGAGUAUGCCAGAAAACUUACCAUCUUGAUCGCAAAGAAGAUGUUGAAAAAUUGGCUAAUCUUAAAAAGGGAAUGUUGAUGAACUAUCAGCAUCAUUGGAUUGUCGAUAAUAUGCCAGUUACAUGGUGUUACCUUGUAGAGGGAAAUCAACAAUUUUGUUCUACUGGCUUUCCUAUGGGGUGCUACGUUAAUUCAGCCCAGCAGCCAAAGGAUGCCUGUGUAAUGAAUACUGCAUUCUCAAAGCGAGAUACAUUUUAUCUUUUUAAUCAUGUGGAUAUAAAAAUCAUGUACCAUAGUGGUGAAGAUGAAUCAUGGGGAGUUGGCUUCAGAGAUAAAGGAGGCAGAAUUGUUAGAGUGAAAGUCAGACCAAGGAGCAUCAAACAUCAAGAUGAGAAGAACUGUGGUAAUGAUCUCUUACCUAUGGAUAUUCCAAAUAAAUUAGAUCCUAAAGAUGUUAUCACCAUAAACUAUACUUAUUCAGUGUCUUUUAUUAAAGAUAAUUCUGUGAAAUGGUCAUCUCGCUGGGAUUACAUUUUGGAGUCAAUGCCCCAUACAAACAUUCAGUGGUUCAGCAUUUUGAAUGCCCUUGUGAUUGUUCUUUUCCUUACUGGAAUGGUAGCUAUGAUUUUACUGCGAACUCUGCAUAAAGACAUUGCUCGAUACAAUCAGAGUGAAUCAGUGGAUGAUGCUCAAGAAGAAUUUGGUUGGAAGCUUGUGCAUGGAGAUGUAUUUCGUCCUCCUCGAAAAGGAAUGUUACUGGCAGUUUUACUGGGUAGUGGAGUUCAAGUGUUCUUCAUGGCUCUGAUAACACUAUUUUUUGCGUGUCUUGGAUUUCUUUCUCCAGCUAAUAGAGGAGCACUAAUGACAUGUGCUAUGGUAUUGUAUGUAUGCCUUGGUACACCUGCUGGUUAUGUUUCAGCACGAAUGUAUAAAGCUUUUGGAGGCAUCAAGUGGAAAUCAAAUGUGCUUCUCACAUCAAUUCUGUGUCCUGGAUGUGUAUUUAUCCUCUUCUUUGUAAUGAAUUUGAUGUUCUGGGCGAAAGGGAGCAGUGCAGCUACACCAUUCACUACUCUUUUGGCACUUCUAUCCUUAUGGUUUGGAAUAUCUCUUCCUCUUACCUUUGUUGGUGCUUAUUUUGGAUUUAAGAAGAGGACUAUAGAGCAUCCUGUUCGUACAAACCAGAUCCCUAGGCAGAUACCUGAGCAAUCUAUCUACACCCAACCUAUUCCGGGUAUCAUUAUGGGUGGCAUACUUCCAUUUGGUUGCAUUUUCAUCCAGUUAUUUUUUAUUUUAAACAGCAUUUGGUAA